AUGCGCGAGAUAGCGGCUACCGUGGACGAGCUCGACAUCUCGACCGUCGCUACAGCCUGGGUGUACUUCGAGAAGCUCGUCCUCGGAGACUUUGUCAGGAAGGCGAACAGAAAGUUGCUUGCUGGAGCGUCUCUGAUAUUGGCGUUCAAAUUCAAUCAGCCGUCUUGGGGAAGCCGGGACAAGGAGACAUCGGAGGCUGCUUUGUUGAAGAAAUUAGCAGAUAGGAUCAGGAAGUUGGAUCGCAAGGACCAGCUUGACCAGGCUGCGCUGCGCAACGCGGAGGUCAGGGUGUUCGUCUGGCUCGAGUUCAGCCUCCACCUUCAGAGGGCUGAGGUCCUCCCUCACUUGCACCGGAUGCUGAAGGACAACGGAGAGACGCUAGAGCAUUACUACGGAGCCGAGACCACGCGCAUCGUCAACGACGAGUGGCGCCUCCUCUCUGGGCUCGACGACACUGACGGUGGCGAGCGCGGGGCGAGAAAGCCUUGGCACAAGUCACCGUUGCAGUCGCCUCUUCUGGGGGCCUGGCUGCCCCCCGCGCGCGUGCCGGAGAGGAUUCACCUGGAGCCGCACCCCCCCCGCGAUCGACUUGCGUCAGGGUGA